AUGGAUACCACCCCGCUCCUCCAAGAAGUGGACUCACUUGAAGCCACAGUGAUCAUCGACAAUGAGCUAGACCCCAUGUCCCCGGCAGCACCCGAUACAGUUCAUCUUUCAGGACAAAUUGGAAGCAUAGCAGUCAGACCAGAUAGCAAAAUUUCCGGUCGCGGCGAUGCAAUUUACGAAUUGCGCAUGGGUAAUAUCUGUUGCGCGGCGCACGGCUUGUCCAUUCUCAUAACUGCGACAAAGGGAGAUAAGAAACAUUCUGUUCUCUUCGAUGCUGGCCCUGAAGAAGAUGCGUGGGAACGUAACGUGCAACGAUUACGUCCCGAUCUUGCUUCUGUCGAAGUUAUUCAAUUAUCUCAUUGGCAUCGGGAUCAUUCUGGCGGUCUUUUGCGAGCUAUUCGCAUGAUUAAAGAUGCUAAGAGGGCCCAGGGCAUCUCUGAUAAUCUAGUGGUCGAUCUACAUCCCGAUAGACCAGUCUAUCGUGGUAUUGCUCUUCCUCAACAAAUAGUCUCUCUUGAGGCAGAUCCAACCUUUGAAGAGAUCUCUCAAACAGGCGCUGUGAUCGAGGAGAAUGACGAAACACAUACGAUCCUCGAUGACAUGUUUCUCGUCUCGGGCGGGAUUCCACGGGUAACGCCUUAUGAAACAGGUCUAAAAGGUGCUGUACGGUUUGACUCCGAGUCAGGGGAAUGGUACUCAGACGAGCUCAUCGCUGAUGAGCGUUUUCUCGCUGUCAAUGUCAAAGAUAAGGGUCUCGUUGUAUUCACAGGAUGCAGCCACGGUGGCGUGGUUAAUGCGACAAAGCACGCAAUGAAACACAUGCCUGAAAACACUCUUCUCCACUGUGUUGUAGGCGGGUUCCAUCUUGCUACUUCCGACGACAUGCAGGUCCAAAAAACCGUUGCUGAUCUCAAACGCCUUGAUCCUGCGGUAUUGAUGCCAGGCCACUGCUCUGGAUGGCGAUCGAAAUUUGCUAUUGAGAAGGCUAUGCCCGGGACACUUGUACCGUGCACCGUUGGUACAAGUAUUACUUUCUGA